GGGUGUUCCAGUUGUUGUCUCCGCUCGAGUGUCACUUCAUCAACGGCACCGAGCGGGUGAGGCUCGUGGACAGGUACAUCUACAACCGGGAGCAGUUCAUGCACUUCGACAGCGAUGUGGGGGUGUUUGUGGGGGAUACCCCAGAAGGGGAGAUCUGGGCCAGGGACUUCAACAGCCGCUCAGAAUUCAUGGAGAUCAAACGGGCUGAGGUGGACACGGUCUGCCGGCACAACUACAAGAUCGUCACCCCGUUCAGCGUGGAGAGGAGAGUGCCCCCCCGCGUCUCCACGC